AUGGUGAGUCCUGCGGUGCCCUCAGAGCUCAGUAGGCUACUGAGGGAACCAGGGGGCCCCCUUCAAUGCAAACCCCUUAACAGAACGCACCUAGGGGCCCCCCAACAGAGUGCUGAGGAGCCAUUGGGACCCGACGGGACCCCGUGGGGCCCCAAGGGGCCCCAGGUGGGCUCAUGGGGUCCAAGGGGCCCCGGGGGGCCGAGGGGGGCCCAAGGGGCCCCAGGGGGGCUCAAGGGGGGAAUAAGUGCACCAAUAAUGAAGACAGCAGCAGCAGCAGCAGCUGCAGCAGGAGCAGCAGGAGCAGCAGAGCAGCAACAUCAGCAGCUGCAGCAGCAGUACGAACAGCAUCAAACGAAUCGACAGCAGCAGCAGCAGCAACAGGAUAAAGAGCAGCACCAGAAGCAGCACGAACAGCUGAAGCAGCGUCAACAGCAGCAGCAUCAACAGCAGCAGCAGCAGCAGCAGUAG